CUCUCAUUGCUCAGGGCAUCUCUCUUAGUCUUUAAGUUACCGACUCUCUGGAGGCUUGCCUCAGUAGAAGGAGUUCCCUCCUUUUUGAAUUCCUCAGACCAAAGAAAAUGCCAAGCUCAGCCCCUGCCCGUCACCCAGACGACCUCUGUGUUGUGACAAGAGGCAUGUAAAAGUCUGUUCUGAUGCUAAGCAAAGGGAAUGUGGCCUACAAUGUAGGAUGUAAGAUGUGACCCUCUAAUGCCUGUUUCAUUUUAAAUCAUCUUAUUCAAGCCUGGGGAAAAACAGAUGAUUCAUGUUAGAUUAGAGGACAAGCCUACAGCGUGACACGAUCCAUCCCUGGAGUAUUUUUAUCGUCUACAAAAAAAAAAAAAACACAACUUCUUCCUUAGAAGAAAAACUUUCCAUUCUAGUUUGGAGUGAGGGACUUGUUUUAGGAAUUUUUAAGAAUUAUUUCCAGUUUUUACGUAUUUCUAACUUAAACCAAUGACUUUUUUUUUUCCUCUUCCUAGUCUGCAAAAUGUGUUUUCCAAAAAGCUUCUCAGCGGGGACAAAUACAGGUUUUCUGCCCCAGAGCUUCAGUUCUACACAAGUGCUGCUGCUGUGGUCAUGCUCAUUCCUGCUUGGAUCUUUUUCAUGGAUAUGCCAGUGAUUGGAAAGAGUGGGAAAAGUUUCCAUUACAACCAAGACGUCAUCUUGCUGCUUCUCAUGGAUGGCGUCUUGUUCCAUCUUCAGAGCGUCACGGCCUAUGCCUUGAUGGGAAAGAUCUCCCCCGUCACUUUCAGCGUGGCCAGCACGGUGAAGCAUGCAUUGUCGGUCUGGCUGAGCAUCAUUGUGUUUGGGAACAAAAUCACCAGCCUGUCGGCCAUCGGGACGGUUCUUGUGACUAUCGGCGUGCUGCUCUAUAACAAAGCCAAGCAGCACCAGCAGGAAGCCAUGCAGAGCUUGGCCAUGACGGCCAGGCCAAAUGCUCCCGAGGACACAGAACCGCUGGUUGCCAAGGACUUUAAGUCGUACAAUUGACCCAGGUGGGUCCACACCGUCCGCCAGGAGCCCAUCGCGUGGGACCUGGCACCUCCCAGAAGCUGCUCCUUUCCUUCUCGCUGACAUCCUGAUUGUUCCUUUGAACAUGCACAUGGGGAAUGGGGGGGCGGGAUGAAGGCAUCCGUAAAGCAAAGAAGCUUUAAGCACCCCUCCGAGAGGCGGCAUGGGAGACCCGAGGGUCACCAGCAUCAGCAGAAGACCUUUCCUUCUCCUGGAAUGAGAACUGCGACAGGACAGGACGGCGUCAGCACCCUGGACAAGGGCAGCUUCAUCUCCACACUGUCACCAGAAUAAUGUGAAAAAAUAAAAAUGACCUGCCACUGUCUUUGGACUUUUAUGGGGCCUGAACUGGGUGCCAUGCAGAAAACAGGCCCCGAGGAGUGGACCACCUGUGUGCCAGAGCGGAGGCAGCCCGAGCCCUUCCUGUGGACCCUGAUUGGAAACUGUGAAACCGAAGCUCGAGAACCAGGUGCCGAGGUGCCUGUGCCCUGCGGAGCCCGUGCUGCCCGCGGGCAUCGCGCAACAUUCCCGCUGCAGCUUGCUGAAAAGCGUGGAGAAUCUGAGAGAAGUUGGUGUCCUCCGAUUCCUGCGUGUCCUUUAGCGGAGCAGAAACCCACACUGAGGAUUUCGCGACAUUGUUUUUUCCUUCAGAAUCUGUGAUAAGCCUUCAGCCCAAAGGGAGGCCAUGGGGGCUGCUGAUGGGCCAGAAACGACAGCUGGUUGUCCUGGGGACCAGAGAUUUGCUGAGGUAACAAGAUGGUUCUCUAUGGAACACUUGAGUCCUUCCAUGGCACUGGAGGAAUGCUGACACAAACCAUGCCCACCCUUUUCCCACCAGCCCCUAAAGGAGGAAGGAAGAUUGUGGGCCGAGGACCCAGAGCGGGAUCCCUGCUGUCAAGACCUUCAUGCUUUGCCAGUUUCCCCCCCUCCAUCUCCCAGUCUGCAUAUUAAAAAAACAAAAAACCCUCCAUGGUAUAUAAUAAUAACAUGAAAUAUUUUGAAAAAAGGGGUCCUUUUAUAUGCUUAUUUUAAAUUGUCAGAGUGCAAUAAAGUAAGGAGUACUCCCCGUGGCCCUCCUCAACCCCGUACCCCAAACUCUUUGGAAAAUCAUGCUGUCCUCUUGGUCUAAAGGGCUUCCCCUUCGUG